CCGCCAUCACAAAGAACCCGCAACUCGCGGUUGUCGCGCCAAUCAAGACAGGACCAUCAGCUGUUACUGCUUCGUCCGCCGGCUCACGUCUUACAGGGAGCUUUAUCGAGUGCCAACUCCAACGUCGGUCCACUCGGUCCACCACCGCCGCCCCUCCGUGCUAUCAGCAGCUUGCACCGACGUACUGUAGGUCCCUCGCCAGAGCCCUUCAACACUGGCGAACGGGAAGAAGCUGCUUGUUCUGCUGAUUCUGGGCGCCCUCCCGCUCUUCCGGGCCUGCGGCGUGCCCAAACCCGGGCUCGUCUCCUUCCACACGACCCCGUCUCACCACGACCGGCACCGUCUUAGCAGCAUCAUCGACAUGGCCUGGCGCAGCUCGGGCGGGUCCAACCGCGACCUGGUCGAGAACCUCUGGCGCAACCAGCUGAUCACCCACCAACAGGUGAAGGAGGCCUUUCUCAAGGUCGACCGCGCGCACUACGCGCCCACGUUCCCCUACGAAGACUCGCCCCAGCCGAUCGGCCACGCGGCGACCAUCUCGGCGCCGCACAUGCACGCCUCGGCCGCCGAGCACCUGCUGCCCUUCGUCACGCCGGCGCCGCCGGCGCGCCCGGCCCCGCGCGUGCUCGACAUCGGCUCCGGGUCGGGCUACCUGACGCACGUGCUGGCGGAGCUGGCCUGCGCCGGCAGCGGCGCCGAUUCAGGUGCCGUGGUCGUCGGCCUCGAGCACAUCGCGCCGCUGCGCGACCUGGGCGAGCGCAACAUGCGCAAGACGGCGCGCGGGCGCGAGCUGCUGGACGCCGGGCGGGUGCGGUUCCGCGUCGGCGACGGGCGGAAAGGCUGGCUCGAGCCCGGCGAGGAGCACAAGAAGUGGGACGCCAUCCACGUCGGCGCCAGCGCCGCCGAGGUGCAUGAUGCCCUGCUCGAGCAGCUCAACGCGCCCGGGCGCAUGUUCAUCCCCGUCGACGACGACGAGAGCGGGUGGGGCCAGCAUGUCUGGUGCGUCGACAAGGAUGAGAAGGGUGUGGUCAGCAGGAGGAAGCUGUUUGGUGUGCGGUAUGUGCCGUUGACGGAUCCGCCGAAGGAGUAGGGGUGGGAGGUGCGGUGGCAUUGCGCAGAAUGGAUGUGCCUUGUCUUGUUGAAGGUGAUCAUUUUCAUGAAUUCCAGCAUGGGUGGUAGGAAACAGAGUGGUACUUCGGGGUAGGCGGUACAUGCGAUGAUUAAAUGAGCCGAUGAUCAGAGCGUAGCAGUCAUCGCAUGGGACACGGAUGAAGGCAUGCUC